ACACCAGGGGAGAGGUUGAGGCGACUGAUGCACAAGGUUUCCUAGUCAUCGCGAGAUAGCACCGUAGUUUCUUGCACACCCGCACCUUGCGGACGAUUCCAAUAAUAUCAAUAGUUCGACGCGAUUGUGCCUUUUUUUUACUCGCGUCGCAAACCUAGCGGAUCGCGCUUCCUUCGUUCUGAUAUUCAUCUUGACCCCAGGCACCCUUCAGUAGCCGUCACGCCAGGCCGUUUUGACGGGACCGAAAAGCAUCGUCCUAGGGAAUGCUGGGGGGAGAGCGGCGUUGGUUGCCGUAAAUGGCCGUCGUCAGCUAUCCAGAGCGAUUAGCGUGUGGCGUUGGCGUUCUCCGGCAUUUCAGAGACGAUCGACCCCCUCGGAGUCGUAAGCGUUUUAUCCUCCAACUGGCAUCGCGGCAGCGGAACUAAGGACCUGGAACCGGGAGUUAAUCUCCUCCCCCCAGAAGCUGCAUGAAUGGACGGGAAUGGGGAGUGGGGCCCCGACGGCGGCUCCGCGCUCAACGGCGCAACUGGCGGCGGGAUUGUCGGCCAUGGCGGCCAAGGCGGCCAUGGAGAAUACGCCGAAGAAGGUGAUUACGGGGAGGAGGACGGCGCGUAUGAGGACUAUUUGCCAGAGGACGGGGGACCUGGACCGCCGCCCGCGGGUGGCGGAGCGGAGUACGGGGAGUACGCGGAAUAUGGGGAAGAGGGCGCGGAGAUGGGCGGAGAGUACGCGGAAGAAGGCGGGUAUGCGGGGGAAGGGGGGUACGCGGAGCAGGGAGGGUUCGAGGAAGGAGGGUUAUGAGGGACAGGAGGGUUAUGAGGGGCAGGAGGGUUUCGAGGGCGAGGGGUACAUGGAGCAUGAGGUAGGUCAGCAGCAGUACGAUGAAUAUGGUAACCCUAUUGACGAGGGCGAGAUGUACGACGAAGAGGAGGAGCAGCAGCUCCAGCAGCAGCAGCAGCAGCAGUACGACGAGGAAGGGUACCCAUACGAUGAGGGCACGAUGGACGAGGGCAUGCACGAAGGCAUGGCACAAGACAUGGGGGAUGGCAUGUACGGACACGUGGAUGUUGACGGGGAGGAGGGGGAGGAGGAUGAAGGCGGUGGGGAGGGAGGGGGGGCAGGAGAGGGCAUGUAUCAGGGGCAGUACCAUGGGCAGGGGGGGCAUGGGCCUGGUGGUGCCGCUAUAGCCAUGUCUCCCCAUGGCUCGCAGGGGGGCUACAGAGAGGGGGCUAGUCCGGGGAGAGGGGGGGGCGCAGGAGGGAUGGUGCCUCUGCAGCAGCAGCAGCAGCAGCAGCAGUAUGAGGGGGAUUAUGACGAUCAGCAGCAGUACGAGGAAGGGCAGCAGGAGGGGUACGAGGGCGAGGAGGGAUAUGAAGGGGAGGAGGGGUAUGUCGGGGAAGAGGGUGGGUAUGAGCAAGAGGGGCAGGAGGGGGUGGGCUACGGGCAGGGCCAGUACGAGCAGGGGGGGUAUGAGCAAGGGCAAUACGAGGGAGAGUACGACGAUCAGCAGCAGUACGAGGAGCAGGGGCAGUAUGCGGAGCAGGGGCAGUACCAAGAAGGGCAGGGGCGAUAUCUAGAAGGGGAGUAUCCAGAAGGGGAAUAUCAAGAAGAGGGGCAGUACGAGCAAGAGGGGCAGUACGAGCAAGAGGGGCAGUACGAGCAUGGGCAAGGGGACGUGGGGUACGAGGGGGAGGAGGAAGGGAUGGCGUACGAAGGCGAGAUGUGCACAUGUGACGAGUACGGGGGUGCUCCCCACCCGCCGCAUGACUUCCACGACGACGACGGUAACAUCAUAGGUGGAUACGAGGGCCACGGCCAGGCGGGGAUGGAGAACGGGCAGGGGUUUCAACACGAUGGAAGGUACCCGGAAGGACAUGGGGGGAUGCCUGGGAGGGGGUAUCAUGAGGGGGGGAUGGAGGACGGGGAGUAUGGGGAGGAGGGGUAUAUGGUGGAGGAGGGGGGGUAUGAGGGUCAGAAGGGGGGUUAUGUGAACCAGUAUGGGGAGCAGGGGGAGUGGGUGGAGGGGGAGGAGGGAUAUAUGGACGAGGAGGGAGAGGAGGGUAUGGGUGGCAUGAGUCACUUGAAUCAGGGGCAGGGGCAAGGGCAAGGGCAGGGGCACUACCCCCCUGGGGCGGUAGGAGUGGGCGCUGGUGCUGGUGCUGGUCCGGCGAUGUAUGUCGAUGCUGAGGGGGACCGGGAUGGUGAUGUUGAUGAUGAUGAUGAUGACACCGAUGGGAGGAUAGAGCAUGAGCUAGGGGACGAGGAGGAGGACGAGUUUGGAGCCUACGACCUUGCACUGAGGAAGUCCCUAUCGGGGAUACCAGAGGGGGAUGAGGAGGCAGAGGCAGAGACGCCUGCGCCCCGGAUAAGGGGAAAGUUUGUGCCGCCGUCUUUGUUAGAUCAAUCCGGUACGAUUGAGGAGGGGAGUGAUGAGGAGGGGGCAGGGAAUUGGGACGAGAGGGAUCAAGAUGGGGAGGAGGAGGAGGGGGAUGAGGGAGAGGCGCGUGGGAGAAGGGCGAAUGGCAGGGAGGAUAGAGGGGAAGGGGAAAUGGAAGGGGAAGGGGACGGGGAAGGUGAGGGGUCAGUAGUCUCGUUUGAGAGCGGUGAAGAGGGGCUGGAGGAGGAUGAGCACGCGAGAGAGGUGGUGGAGAGCAGGAGAGUGGAGUCCGGGCGGGCUCUUAAUAAGAGCAGCACUGCUGGGUCUGGGUCCGGAUCUACACGAGAGAACGAUACAGGAUCCGUGAUAGAGAGAGAUACCGCUGCCAAGAGCUGGGGCACGUUUGGGCACCCUGCCUUGGGCAGGGGGAGCAGGAAUAAGGGCCGGAGAGUGAAUGGUGAGGUGCUGCUGGAAGGAGAGGAGGACGAGGAGGAGGAGGAGGAGGAGGAGGAGGAAGAGGAGGGAGGGUAUAGGGGAAUGAAUGGGGAUGUGUUGUAUGAGGAUGAUGAGGAGGGGUAUGGGGAGGAGGAGGAGGAGGAAAGGAUGGAGGGGGAGGGAGAGAGGUACAUGGAGUAUGAAGGGGAGGAGGGGGGGUACGGAGAGGAGCAGGGAGGGUCGGGUGGUGAGGAAGAGGGGGAGGGAGAAGGGGAAGGGGAAGGGGGAGGAGAAGGAGGGGGAGGCGGGGGGUUUGCGUUGCUAUCUAUGGGAAAGGAUCUGCCUCUAGCGGCUGAAGGCCAGCCUGUGGAUUACUCAGUGGGGGAUUUGGAAAAGGCCUUUCGUGCCAUGCAGGGGGGGGGAGGAGGAGGGGGAGGGGAAGGGAAGGAAGGAGCGGCAGGAGGAUCCCUUGCCGCUGCAUUCUCUGCUGCAGCAGCAGCAGCAGGGAGAGGGGACAAGGGCGGCGGUGAUGGUGGUGGUGGUAAGUUGACGCAGAGAGAGAGUAGCGGAGGAGGGGGGGGGUUCGCUUUGCUGGAGUUACAGGACGGUAUGGAUGGGUUACUAGGGCAGCCCGGGCAGCGGAUAGACGACUCCGUUGGGGAUUUGGAGAAGGCUUUCAGGCAAAUGCUGGGCGGCAAACUGGGGCACGGGCAGGGGCAGGGGCAGGAGGGGAAGGCGGGGGGCAGAGGCGAAGAAGAGGAGGCGGGAGAAGACGGGGAGGGAGGGGAGGAGGGCGCAGGAAUGAGCUUAAUGGACCGAAUGAACCAACUACAGCAGAUGCAGCAGCAGCAGGACGGGGGGGCACUGGGCUCACCCAUGGGCGGAUUGGGAAGUCCGAUUCUAGGGUUUGGAGGCAUGGGCAGUCCUAUUGGUGGCAGCCCUAGCAGCCCGAUGCUUGGGAAUGGUUUAGGCAGCCCGGCUUUUGGGGGGCUGGGGAGCCCUCUUUCUGCUUUAAACAGCCCCAUGGGGUUUCCUUUGCAAGGGAAGUUCCAGGCACAGGGAGAUGGGAAGGGAGAGGUGCGGCAGGGAGAGGAGGGGGGGGGAGAGGAUGGAGAGGAGGGAGAGGAGGGAGAUGGGGAAGGGGAGGAGGAGGAUGAGGAGGAAUUGCCCCCGACCCCGGUUCCCCCCAAUGCGCUGCAGCUGAUGCGCGAGAUGAAGAAGUUUACGGAGAUGGCUGACGACGACAGUGAUGAUGAUAGCUUUGCUAUGGAGGCGAGGGAACAGGCGGAGCAGGAGGCAGCAGCAGCGGAAGGGGCGGGGGGAGGGGAGGAGGAGGAGGAGGAGGGGGGGGAAGAAAGCGGAGGGGAGAGAGGAGGGGAGAGAGGAGGGGAGGGUGGAGCGGGGGAGCAGGAGAAUGGUGAGGAGAGGGAGGGGUAUGGUGAGGAGGAGGAAGGGAUGGAGCAGUAUGAGGAGCAAUAUGGGGAACAAGGGGGGGGGGAAGGGGAAGAAGAGCCAAGUCAAAAGCAGCAGUAUGUGGACAAUCAGCAGGAAGGCUUCUACUCUGACGAGGCAGGUGGGCAGGUUUAUAACGAGGAUGGGUAUGAAGAGCAGGAGGGGGCGCAGGAGUAUGGUGAAGGGGAAGAGGAGGAGUAUGAGGAGGCGCAAGGGGGGGGGGAUGAAGGGCAAGGGGGGGAGUAUAUGGGAGGAGAGGAAGGGUAUGUCAACAGGGCAGGGGAGUAUGUUCAAGGGCUAGAGGGUGAGUAUAUGGAUGAGGUGCAGCUGGGUUAUGAGGAAGGCCACGGGCAGUAUAUAAACGAGAAUGGGCAGCUUGUGAAUGAAGAUGGGCAACUGAUAGACGCAGAUGGCCACUUGGUGGACAACAACGGGCAGCAGAUAAAUGACAACGGGCAGUAUGUGGAUGAAAACGGGCGGCUGGUGGACGAAAACGGGCAGUAUGUGGAUGAAAACGGGCGGUUGGUGGACGAAAACGGGCAGUACGUAGACGAAAACGGGCAGUAUGUGGAUGAAAACGGGCGGCUGGUGGACGAAAACGGGCAGUACAUAGACGAAAACGGGCAGUAUGUGGAUGAAAACGGGCGGCUGGUGGACGGAAACGGGCAGUACAUAGACGAAAACGGGCAGUAUGUUGAUGAAAACGGGCGGCUGGUGGACGGAAACGGGCAGUACAUAGACGAAAACGGGCAGUAUGUUGAUGAAAAUGGGCGGUAUGUUGAUGAAAACGGGCGGCUGGUGGACGAAAGCGGGCGGCUGGUGGACGAAAACGGGCAGUACAUAGACGAGAACGGGCACUAUGUGGACGAAAACGGGCAGUAUCUGCAAGAAAAUGGAGGAGAGUUAGGGUUUGACACUGGGGGUGGGUUUGACGCUGGGGGUGGGUUUCUGGGGCAGGAUUUGGGAGGCAUGAGACGAGGCACGCCGCUGGACGUGGUGUAUGAGGAGGACGGGGAGGAGCAGAUGGAGGGGCAUGACGAGGAGGAGGCAGGGGAAGAGGCGCAACCAGAACAGGGGUUUAGUGACGGGCAGGGUUACAGUGACGGGCAGGGCUACAGUGACGGGCAGGGAUUUAAUGACGGGCAAAAGGAGCAGUAUGAAGACGGUCAGGGCAGCUUUAUUGAAAAACCCGAUGUGUAUGACGAUGGGUAUGACCAAGGGCAGCAGCGGGGAAGUUUCGUGGAAAGAGGGGGUGGCGGCGGCUUUGGGGAGGAAGGCCGGUACCCGGAUGGCGAGGGGAGUUUCAUCGAACGGCCGGAUGUGGAGCAGCAGGAAUCGUACCGUGGAGAUGCGUUGGGCAGCUUCAUUGAACGGCCAGAUCCUUACGCUGAUGGCCAAGGGAGCUUCAUCGAACGGCCGGAUUACGAGGAGGGAGAUGAGGAGGAGGGAUAUGGUGGAGGGCAGGGGGGAGGGUAUGUGGAUGAGGAUGGAAAUUAUGUGGAGCAAGGGCAGGAGGGGUAUGUGGAUGAGAAUGGAAAUCCUGUGGAGGCGGUUCAAGGGUAUGUGGAUGAAAAUGGAAAUCUCGUGCAAGGAGGGGAAGGGUAUGUGGAUGAGAAUGGAAAUUUCGUGGAAGGAGGGGAAGGAUAUGUGGAUGAGAAUGGAAAUUUCGUGGAAGGAGGGGAAGGAUAUGUGGAUGAGAAUGGAAAUUUCGUGGAAGGAGGGGAAGGAUAUGUGGAUGAGAAUGGAAAUUUCGUGCAAGGAGGGCAGGGGUACGUUGACGAAAAUGGGAAUUUCAUUCCCAUGCAGGAAGCGGAGUAUGCUGACGGGGAGGAGGGGGGGUAUGUGGAUGAAAACGGCAACUACGUGGGGCAUGGGCAGCAGGGGGGAGGGUAUGUGGAUGAGGAUGGGAAUUAUGUGGAGCAAGGGCAGGAGGGGUAUGUGGACGAGAAUGGAAAUCCUGUGGAGGCGGUUCAAGGGUAUGUGGAUGAGAAUGGAAAUUUCGUGCAAGGAGGGGAAGGGUAUGUGGAUGAGAAUGGUAAUCCUGUGGAGGGGGGUCAAGGGUAUGUGGAUGAAAAUGGAAAUCUCGUGGAAGGGGGGGGCCAAGGAGGCUAUGUGGACGAGAACGGAAACAUCGUGGAAGGAGGGCCAGAAGUGUACGUGGACGAGAAUGGGAGCUACGUGGCAGAGCAGGGGGGGCAGGGCGGCCAGGGGGGAUUCAUGGACGAGCACGGUAACUUCGUGGAUGGGGGGCAAGAGCAGGGUUAUAUGGACGAGAAUGGGAACUACAUCGGACAGCAGGGGGAAGAGGUGGAGGGGGAGGGAGACGGCCCAGUGAGCCCCAUGGGUCUUAUGGCUGGGCAGGGCAUGAUGGGGGGGGGGCAUGCACCCAUGAGCCCGGGGUUCGGCCCCAUGAGUCCCAUGGCUCCUUUAUCGCCCUCGUCCCCCAUGGCCCCUACCAGUCCCAUGGGUGCUGCAUCGGGGGACCAGUAUCUGACCCAGGGAUUUGGGCAGGGGUAUGGGCAGGGGCAGGGGCAGGGGCAGCAGUAUUACGACGAUGGGCAGGGGGAGGCUGGGCCUAUGAGCCCCAUGUCCCCGUAUGGCAUGGAUGGGCACCAGCAGCAGCAGCAGCAGUAUGGCAUGGGAGCUCUAGGCAGCCCUAUUGCAGGAGGCGGAGGGGGAGGGGCGUUUCCCCCAAGCCCUAGCAGUCCCCACAUGCCUAUGCACCCGCCUUCCCCCCGGCAGCUGUUCACACAGCAGCAGACCCAGCAGCAGCAGCAGGGGCAGAAUCGUCGCAUGAUCCGGCACGACUCGUCUCGCUCCUUUGACGACCGGUCCUCAAACAGAAUGCAAUUCACCGAUGACGAUGGCCGGCCAUUCUCUGGUGCUGCUGGCGCCGCUGCUGCUGCUGGUGCUGCUGGUGCUGGUACUCCCCCCGGUCUCUCCCCCACUGCCUACUCCCCUAUAGGGUUCUCCAACCGAGCACCCCCCCCUUGGGGGUCUGGGGCAGGAGGGGGAGGCGGAGGGAGAGGGGGAGCGCACAGGCACGGGAGCAAGUCAUACGGGGGGGAGAUGGAUAGAUAUACAGGGAGGGAGCGGUGGGCUAUGGGGCAGGGGAUUGAGCUAGAGAGGCCCAAGAGCCGGCAGGGGGGGUAUGAUGAGAAUGGGCGACCGUUGAGCAGACGGGGGUCGAGAGAGGAUGAACGGCCACUGAGCCGGCACGGGGAGAGGCCCAGUAGCAGCAGGUCGUUCCGGGGGGGAUAUGAGGGGAUGUUGUCCCCGCAGCUCCAGCCACAGCAGCAGCAGCAGCAGCAGGGGAUGGGUAGCGCCAGCAGCAGCAUGCUUAGCGGAUCGUUCCAAGAGCGAGGGUCGUUUCGAGAGAGGGGGUCGUUUCAAGAGAAGGGCUCGAUGCAGGAGAGAGGGUCAUUCCGAGAACGAGGGGGGGGACAGGGGUCGUUUCAGGAACGAGGCUCGUUCAAGGAACGGGGAUCCUUCCAUGAAAGGGGCUCGUUCCGAGAGAGGCCGGGGCAGGGGGGGAUGGGCAUGGGGAUGGGGGGGGUGCGCUGAGCCCGAGAGGGGGAGGAAUGGGGCAAGGAGAGGAGGAGGACCCUUAUGCCGAGGAGGCUUAUAUCUCAGAGAAAAUGCCCACGCUUCGAGCUGAAGGGCUACCGGCUGCCGCUCGUGGGAGUGGUAG